CUCCAUCACAGCUACCCCAAGAAAAAUUACCCCAGAAAUAAAUUUAUUAGGAACAAAUUCAAAGCAAACUGUUGAUAGCUUCAAAUAUUAGAAGGCAAGGCAAAAACCAUCUCACAAAAGCGUUAAAUAAUCAAAAUUCAAGAUAAAGGAUUUCCGAAAUGGCGGCGUGCAUGAGUGUGUUCCGAACUGUCUUCUUAACAGAGCCAUGGCGGCCUCUGCCUUAUAAAAGCAAAAUUCCCUGUUUUCCACCACGGUUCAUGUUGUCCCACAAAAUAUCCCACUCCGAUUCCUUCUGUGGCUGCAAAAUUACCAACGGUAGAAGUAACUCUCACUUGGCAAGGAGGACUCGCCCUUUGAAUUGCUCUCAUAAUGAAAACCCGUCUUCAUCUGAUGAUGAUAAUGAGCAAGGCCCGCCUCAAGAAGCAGUUCUAAAGGCCAUUUCAGUUUCAAAGACAGAAGGAAGGGUGGGACAAACAACUAAUGUGGUUAUUGGAGGUACAGUGACAGACGAUUCUACAAAUGAGUGGCUUGCUCUAGAUCAGAAGGUAAACUCCUAUCCAACUGUUAGAGGCUUUACUGCAAUUGGAACUGGAGGUGAAGAUUUUGUGCAAGCUAUGGUUGUUGCUGUUGAAUCAGUACUUCAGCAGACAAUCCCAGAAGUAAGCAUCUAUUUUUGUUGCUGAACAUAAUUUUAUUUUCAAAACUAUUUUUGGUGUUCGAUGCAUAGAUGCAUAAAAUCAUUGAACUCUUUCCUCCACACUACCCCAUCUCUUCUAAUUGUACGAAUACCUGGGUCGGACCUGAUACUUGGAGAAACGAUAUUGAGCACGUGCCUGGUAUUUGCAUUCAGAAAAAAGUUAGAAAGCCUGUAGUAAAGAUGUUGCAAAUUACGUUCUGGACAUUUGGUUUUAGGUUGGAAGAAGAGUUAUUGUGGAGGUCAGUCCUAUGCAUAUGUUUGGUAUACUUGGACAAAGAGAAAUGAGGAGGUCUUUCGGAAUUAGAUCACCACUCUUUAAUUUUUGGGAUGCAUUUAACUCUUUUGUGCUAUCACAGGCAAAAGCUUCAGGAGGUUUUCAUUGACAAU